UAAAAGGGCAAAAUUGUCUUGUUGUGCAGAAACUAUGCAAAAGUCGUAAACAAGUUGUGAACAGAGCUUUUGAAAGUCUACUCAAUUACCCUUGUCUAUAAAUACACUUAAAAACUUCCUGACACUUAUCAAAACUAAACCAACUUAUCUUUUUUUCACAGAAUUUUUAGAUUUUCUCUUUUCUCUGUCUAUAAUCCCAAAAAAUAAAAAAUCUUCUGUGAUCUCUAAAAAAUUUAUAAAAAUCUUCAUCUUAUAAUUCUAGUGUUCCUCAUUUUUUGGUGGGAUCACUGGUUUUUCAAUUUUCCUCUGUUUUUCUGAGAAAAAAAGGGACUGAUUUUUUAAAGUUUCCUGAUUUCCAGAACUUUUUAACCCAAAUUUCAUACAGAAAAAUCCCCUGUUUUAAUUUUCUUGGUACAAAAAAUCAUCAAGAAAUGGAAGAAAACAACUACCAAUCAUCAUCAACAUCAUUUACAACACCAACUGACAUUAGAGAUUCAGUAUCAGCACUUAUUCUAACAGCAGGUGCUAACAACACCAAUACUUUGGAUUCAAUCUUUUCAUACUUCCCAAAUUCAAACCCAAAUCCUACAAAUAACAACAACAAUUCCAUGAUUGAGCCAUUAGGUUCCUCUGUUUACCUCAAACAAAGGGAUCUACUGCAACAAUUCUGGCUCGAUAACCGGUCGAAUAAGACCGGGAUUCAUGCUUCAUCUUCCCUCAACAAUCAGCUGUUUCAAAGUAAUAGUUCUAGUUUCAGUUCACAUAUGAACAAUCCUGGAAAGAAGAAGCUUUACAGAGGAGUAAGGCAGAGACAUUGGGGUAAAUGGGUUGCUGAAAUCAGACUACCCCAGAACAGAAUGAGGGUUUGGUUAGGUACAUAUGAAACAGCAGAAACUGCUGCUUAUGCUUAUGAUCGUGCAGCCUAUAAACUCCGAGGCGAGUAUGCUCGCCUUAAUUUUCCUAAUCUUAAAGAUGGGACGAAGCUCGGGUUUGGUGAUGCUGCUAGGAUGAAUGCAGUCAAGUCUGCAGUGGAUACCAAAAUCCAAACCAUUUGUCAGAAACUGAAGAAGGAAAGAGCUAACAGGAUUGCGAAAAAGAAGCAGAAAGAAGCCAGCAUUAGUGACAGUGGCAGUGGCGGCGGUAGUGGUGGCAGAGAUGAGAAUAGUAUUGUUUCUCAUAGUGGUGAUAGUAACACAUUGAAUGAGAAUGAUAGUUUGGUUGUCAAGGAUACUUAUUCUUCAUCGUCGUCAUCAUUCUGUUCAACUGUGGUUAAUGACAGUGGGAUGGUGUCACCAGCCAUUUCUGAAGAGGGGUGGUGGAGUAACGGAAACGGAGCGUCGCCGUGUUCCGAUUCCAUGACUAGCUAUCCAAUGAUGACUGAUGAUUUUGGGUUUAAUGACUGUUCUUUAGAAAAAAUGCCAUCUUUUGAUCCAGAGUUGAUUUGGGAAGUUCUUGCUAUUUAAAACAGAGCUUAUCUUAUAUAAAAGUAGUUUAAUUACUAUGUAAUAUAAAGAUUAAGUAGUUUUGUUCGAUAUAUAUGAUAUAUUGGCUAGUGUGUUUAGAAGUGAGCAUGUUAGUCCUUUAGGUAAGACCCCAAGAGCAUGUUACAUGUUUGGUGUCCCUAUAUAUGUUUGACAAGUUAUGGAUGUAUGGAUGGCAAAGGAAGUACUUGUCAUAUAUUCUUGUUUUAAAAAUAAAAAUCUUUAUGACUAAA